AGUCGAUAGUGCUCCAAGGCGAGCAAGUUUAUAUUGCCCGGUGUUUAAUUUAUCAUUCGCUACACACAAAGUAAAUUACUGAUUCUGUCAGUUAUGUUAUAAUAUAUACAGUGUGGUCUCGACGCGGCGAAGGUCUAAACCUGUUUGCGGAUACCUAAGAGCAUACAUACAUUGUGUGUUAAAACUCGAAUAAGUGACAUGGUACGCGGAUAAUAAAAAAUGUCCUUGCUUCGGAUAUAAAGUGGUGGAUUAAGGGUGUUAAGGGUAUUAAGCACCAUUAGUGGGAUAAAAAGAACGUUGCUAAUGCCGAAGGUUUAAAUCCGCGACGUAACAGUGCGAUGACCGGCAAAAGGUUACUUUCGUCCGGCUUGAAGAUGGAUAACCUGUCAUUGGAGUUUUGUGUUAGAUGUGUGUGGUGCGUUUUUGUAUAAUCAAUUAAGAAUAUGAAGCGAAUGUGAGGGAAUUUCUCCGUUUCGAUUAGAUCGAUCGUACAUUAGCAUAAAUGUUAAUGUUCAUUUGAACACGUGUGUUUUAAUAUUGUGUACAUACAGUAUAUAGUAUUGUGCGCUUUAAGUUAACACGCAGAAAGUGAGGAGUAUAAUGUGAAUAUGUUUUGUUUACGGACUACGAGUAAUUUCAAAGCCUUAAAGACCUUCAUUUUCAAUGGAGUAUUUUAACUCAGUCUUAAAUCUAGGACAGAGAUAAUUGUGAUCACACCGUCCUCACAUGGCUUGUCAGAAGUGCAUUUUAUGCAGAAGUAGUGCAGAUAGUGUUGGCUGUAGACUAUGGCUUGUUUGGAACUAAGGGAGGUAACGCGGAUUUGAAGCAGCAGCCUCUUCAGCAAUGGAGACCGGGAAAAUUGAUAUUUGCAAACGACUGGACAGUAGCACCGGCAGCAUGGAAGGCCGGAAACGGCUGCGCGUACCGGAAGUGAACCCACACGUUAUCUGCGUCUUGUGCGGGGGUUACUACAUAGACGCGACAACGAUCAUAGAAUGUUUGCACACAUUCUGCAAGACGUGCAUUGUGGGAUACCUGGAGGCAAGCAAGCACUGUCCAGUAUGCGACAAUCUCGUGCACAAGACCAAACCACAGCUGAGACUCAGGUAAUCUUCGUCAUCAUUAUG